UAUGGACUAUGGCUGUCCGGCAAGCAAGCAGCAGAUUUUGCUGCUGGUGCGUGAGCAAGAGCCCUUAGAAACCGGGAAUCGCGUUGGGACCGAGAGAUGGCUAUUUUUUUAUGAAGAAUGAUGGAAGACACUGAUGAUGAAGAAGCAAAGCUUCAAGAAGAAAUAGAAGCUGAGUUAGAUAAAAUCAGCAUUUCCUCCUUAGAAAAAGAAGAGUCUGAGAGUGAUUCAAAGUCAGAGACCCAGAGCGAUGACAGUGAUAUUAGUGAAGAUGAAUUACUAGAGUCAGUUAUUCACUGUAUUAACACUAUAAAGAACACAACUAAAAAUGUUGAAGAACUCAUUCUUCAGGAUCUAGAAGAUACUGAUGUCUUAAGAAGUAGUUAUGGAGCAGUUUCUAAUAAUCAUAUGCACUUUGGGAUAGAAUUAUUAACUACAUGUAAAGAAAAUCCAGAGCAAUUAUUGAAGAUAUUAUCAGAAAUAGAAAAAGAAGACUUUAUGAGAAGUGAAACCCUCUGUGCUAGUCCUGGUUCCCCUCCUGAGCCUGGACCUCACGAUUUGCCCAUGGAUGAAUAUGCUUUCUCAGAUGAUGUGGAUAUAAACUUUGGAUACUUUGAAGUGGAAGAGAGAUGUAGACAAUCUUUUGAAGCUUGGCAAGACAAGCAGAAAGAGCUAGAAGACAAAGAUCAAGAAACUCUCAAAGCACAGAGGGAUAGAGAAGAAAAGCAAUUUCAAAAAGAGGAGGAAAAGAGAAAUUGCUGGCUGAAAAAAUUUGAAGUUGAAAAGAAAAAGUUAGAGAAUCUUCAAAAGCAAGAAGAAGCCAAGAUGAAUGAUGAGCUCCAAAAAGAAGAAGAAAUGUGGAAAGAGAAGUUUAAGCAACAUGAGGAAUUCAUUAAAAACUUGCACUUGCAAAUAGAAGAAGAAAGAACAAGAUUUAAAGAUCUACAGGAAAAAGAAGAAAGGCGUUUGUUAGAACUUCAGCAUAAUGCAGCCGUAAAAAUUCAAUCUAAAUACAGAGCAUUUGUAAUCUACCAAAAAUAUGCCCCAAUCAUAAGAGAACAAAUAGAAACUAAGAAAAGGAAAGUACAAGAAUGGAAAGAAAAAGAAGCAAAAAUACAACAGAAGGUAGAAGAAAAACAAAAAAAAUUAGAAGAAGAACAGAGGCUAGCAGAGGAAAUAAAAAAGAAAGAGGAGGAAAAGAAAAGAAGAGAGAAAGACUAUGAGGAAAAAAAGAAUAUCCUGCGACAAGAAAGAGAGGAACUACUAAACAGGGAAAAAAUAAAAUUAAGAGAGAAUGCAAUCCUACCGCUACCGAUGGCAGCUUUAAAGAAGGAAGAAUAUAAUGCCAAACAUGUAAUUAUUAAAGAUACACCAAAGACUAAGAGCAAUACGGGGAAAAUGUUAGUGGGUGAAAACUUAAAGAAGCAGGAAGAUGUCUCCCUAGGUUUAGUUGAGAAAUCAAAUAAGAGACAAAACAUAGAUAGACACCUUGUAUUGAAGGAAUCAACACAAGUGCAAUUAAAAUCAAACCCAACAAUUUUAGCAGACUUAAAAAUGGAAGAAGAGAAAAGUGAAAUCCUAGGAAAUAAACAAACUUCCGAAAGAUCAGUUAUGCAGGAAAUAAAAGAUGAAAACAUAAACAAAAAAACUGAAUUGGAAAACUCAGACCAGAAACAUUUGGUGGAAUUAAAAAUGGAAGAAAAAAGUGACAGCCUUGGCAACAAGCAAAGUUCAGAAAAAUCAGUUAAGCAAGAAAUAAAAGAUGAAGACAGAGGUGAAAAAACUGUUAAAAAUUCAGAUCUAAAAGAUACUGUGAAUGAACAGGAAUUAAACUCUCAAAUACCAAUGGAGGAAAGUGUGGAACAUGCCAUGAAUGAGAAUGCUAGACAAGAAAUUCAAGUUAUAGUAGAUUAUAAUCAAGAAACAAAUGAGGUAAAAAAUGAAGCACAGAAAAAAAUCAAAUCUAAUCAACAGAAAGUGGUGGAAAACAUAGAAAACGAGACAUCAGAACAGAAUGGAUCACUGAAUAAAGAGAACAAUCCUUCAGUUAUUUCCAAGAAGCAAAAUCUACUACCAAUAAAAUUAGAAAAUUCUGAAGCUGUACUACAAGAAGUAAUUGAUUUAAAAUCCAAAGAAACUGAAAAAAAACCACGAGAAAGUGCUGUAAAUAGUGAUGUCAUUUUUAAGACCGCGGAUACCGUAGUAAAUAUAGAAGGCAAGAUAGAUGAACAAGAUGGUGCUUUUGGUAGACCUUUUGCUUGUGAAGACAUGGGUGGUUGUACUGCUAGAAAUUCCUUGUUUACUAAAGAAAUAAACUCUCUUAACUAUGAUUCUAAAGAAGAAUGCCUUGAAAAUAGGGCUAGAUAUGAAAGUAUCACAGCCUGCUAUAGACCAGAGUCAACACUUUUAUCUUCUAUUGAGGAAAAGAGACUAGCUUGGGUAAAAUCCUGUAAAUCUUGGUUUGAAAUCUGCGAGCAAAAUCAACAAAGAAAAAUGGUUCAAAGAAAGAGACCUAUAAAAUGCCCAGUCAGUAGUAUGCCCCCUUUGAAUACAUUAGCAAUUCUUCGCUGUGGCCCUUGGGAUAAUUUACAACAGGUGACAACUGUUACAUUUCAAGAUUUGCCUGGGUGUAGUCUCUCCACAUUAACCGAGUGUGUGAAUCUUCAGUUUCUAUCUCUUAGGCGCUGUGGAUUGACAUCUUUGUACGGUUUGAGUAACUGUAAAAAUCUUAAAUACAUUGAUGCACAGGAAAACCAUAUUGAGAGUAUCAAUUGUGAACAAUUGGAGAAUCUCUCUGUGGUUCUUCUUAAUAAAAAUCAACUGACUUCUUUUCAUGGUUUGGAUGGCUGCACUAAUAUUCAAAGUCUUGAGCUUUCACAUAAUAAAAUCACUCGGAUUGGUGGUUUAGAAUCUUUGAAAAAUCUUCAGCAACUAAUUGUGGACCACAAUCAAUUAAUUAGUACCGAAGGCCUUCGUGAUACACCUACUGUUAUAUACUUGGAUUGCUCAUAUAAUAAUCUCACUGAUGUCAAGGGUAUUGAAAAUUGCGGAUUGCUUCAAGUAUUGAAGUUACAGGGAAAUUAUCUAAGUAAGCCUCCAUCCUUGGGAAAUCAUGUUCUGCUAAGAGAAUUGCAUUUGGAUGACAAUAGUAUUUCAACUAUGGAAGAAUUUUCUUCAUAUUGGCUGCCUUUAUUGCAAAAUCUUACUCUCUCUCAAAACAGCUUGACAAAAAUUAUACCACUUUUUCAUUUUAUUUCUUUGGAAAAACUAGAUGUCAGCAACAAUUGUCUUUCUGAUCUUAAACAUGCUAUGAAAUGCUUCAAUGGAUGCUAUUCUUUACGUGAGCUGUCUCUCUUUGGAAACCCACUUCUUCAAGAAAUGAAUUGGAGGAAUUCUCUACUUAAAAUGUUACCUACUGUAAGAAUCUUCAAUGGUGAUGUGCUAAGCUCUUACUCAGAAAUCCACAUUGAAGAGCACUGUCCUCUAGAGUUAGGACAGUUGCUGGUACUUUGUCAGACCCAGAUUCAAGAAUUCCAUUUACUAGCUGAAACCUAUUUCACUAGAAAAGGGGAUGCUUUUACCUUGGACACAGCAGAAAACGUCUAUCGUUACUUUAAGAAACUGAUGACCCUUAGUAAUAAAUACAGAUACCUACAUGAGCAGGGGGAUGUGAGUAUCACUAAGAAAGAUGAAGCAAGCACUCAGCAAAACCAUCUGGCCCCUGCAUGCAGUAACAGCGCCCUGCAGAGUGGGGCCUUCCUUCCUUCUGCAGGGAGACACACUGCUGACUCACCAAAUAUUUCUGAGACAUCGAUAGACUCUGGCUUUAGUCACUCUCUAUUGAGCCAGUCCUCUGUACAUAAAGGUUUAGAAGAAAGAAAUCUGGAAAAAUUAGUACACCAGAAAAGACAAGAUACCAAGACAAGCAGUAUUACCACCAAAAGGAACCCAUUGGUAGAAACAACAAUGACAAAUUCUCUGCUGUGGAAUUGCCAAAAUACUGAACACAGUGACAAAAUUAUGGCAGCUAUGGUGAUCCAGGCAUACUGGCGUGGUUAUGUUGUACGCAGACAGAUUAAUUUCUCUACAAGGAUACAGAAAGUUACAACAGAGCCCCUGCCAAAUUCCUUCAAUAAUCAGACUAUUCUAAUGAAAGAAAAAAGAAAAAAUAUUAUGACUAUCCAGGAACAGAAGGAGAAGGCUGCUGUUCUUAUUCAGGCAAUUUGGAAGGGAUUUAUUUUGCGGAAGAAACUGACAGUAGCACUAGAAGCCAUCAAGAAAGAAGAAUCUGAAGAAGAAUAUGAAGAAAUAGAUUUAAAUGAUUUUACCUUCGAUGAAGCUGCAUUAGAAAGAGAAUGGCUAACUUUAGAUUCCACUCGCUUCCCUUCACAAACACUGCUGCUCUCCAACCAGCUGCACCGGCCAAAGAUGCUUGGAACCUUAAAAUAUGAUGAUACUUCACUUAAUUUACCAAACCAUCGAGCUCAAGCAUGGAUGUGUAAUGAAAAAGAAAAUUUGUUCUCAUCAGUACACACACAUUUAAAUAGCAGAUCAGAAAAUAGAACAUUAUCCUGGACACCUGAAUCAAAAACCAGUAGAAAGAGUUUACUACAAUCUGAAAAAGAAGAAAAAAUUUCAGAAGAAUGGGGUUUUAAGGAUAUUUCUACUGCUCAGCAAAUGCUAAAGAGGGCACAUAAAAUGAAAUCAAAGAAAUUAAAGAAAAAUUUAGAUCCUAUUGUACGCCUAGCAUUAUUCAAAAACAGUGAAAAUAAAGUUUCUCUUACAAAAUCAUCAAAGAAUGUACAUACCAGAAGAAAUGGUCACUCUGAAGGGAAGGAAGAAGACUUAAUCUACAAAGAUACCGCUGCAAGUGAAAAGUUAGAAUGGAAUAAGGCAUAUACAUACCAGUGGCUUCACUCACAGGCUGGAGUUCAUGAAACAACCAGUUCCAGAAAUAUGAAAAGCGAUCACUUCUUACCUGAGUUAGAUCCAGAUGUACUUAAUGGUGGAAGAGUUCAACUUGUGGCAAGGCUUGUAAGCAGAGAAGACACGGAUUUAGACCUUUUUUCCAUGACCAGUGGAAGUGAUUUGUCUGUGAACAGAGAAAAAAAGAGUCAGGCACACAGACACUCAGCGGGAUCUUCAAUGAACUAUGUAAUCACCAAAGUAGAGGGACAGCCCCUUCACACGGAACUGAACAGAGCCAUGGAUAACUGCAGCACUCUCCGGAUGUCUCCUGGGAAAGGAAUGCCCGAGAAGGGAGAAAUGGAUGAACUUGGGGAUAAAUGUGACAGCAACGUAUCCAGCAGUAAAAAGCGGAGACACCGAACCACCUUUACCAGUUUGCAGCUGGAGGAGCUAGAAAAGGUCUUUCAGAAAACCCAUUACCCGGAUGUAUAUGUCAGAGAACAGCUUGCUCUGAGAACAGAGCUCACUGAAGCCAGGGUCCAGGUGUGGUUUCAAAAUCGAAGGGCCAAGUGGAGAAAAAGAGAACGUUAUGGCCAAAUACAACAAGCUAAAAGCCACUUUGCAGCCACCUACGAUAUAUCAGUUUUACCAAGGACUGACAGCUACCCACAGAUCCAGAACAAUCUGUGGGCAGGAAAUGCAAGCGGUGGCUCUGUGGUUACUUCAUGCAUGUUACCCCGUGAUACGUCCUCCUGUAUGACGCCGUAUUCUCACUCGCCUCGGACAGAUUCCAGUUACACAGGGUUUUCAAACCACCAGAAUCAAUUCAGCCACGUGCCUCUCAAUAAUUUUUUCACUGACUCUCUUCUUACUGGGGCUACCAAUGGACAUGCAUUUGAAACAAAGCCAGAGUUUGAAAGGAGGUCUUCCAGUAUCGCAGUUCUUCGAAUGAAAGCAAAGGAACACACCGCCAAUAUUUCAUGGGCCAUGUAACAUACAGUACUCUUUUAUUUUUCUCGUAAUGGCAAAGUAAACCAUUCUUAUUUCUCAUAUUUAAAGGGUACCACAAUAAGCUGCUGUGUGUGGAAUUGCUAAAGGUCAAGAUAUACAGUGAGACCAGCUUAAAUGAAUAGUUGUUAUUAUUUAACAUUAAAAUCUAAGAAUGAACCUCUGAAAAGAUUAAAUAGGUUUACCAUGCACCAGUCUCCACAAACUCUGUUUUAGUAGUAAGACUUUUUUUUCCCCUAUUGUACAAGUCGAUGAAAUAUGGUCAUUCAACUUCUUAAAAGAAUAAAUGUAUUAAACAAAUUCCUCUGUUAUACAUUGAUUUAUGUUAGUUCUGUAUAACAAGAAAUCCUUUGUAAAAUAAUACCUGAUAAAGGAGGAAAUACACUGGGGGAAAUGUCAAGAUACCAAAGCUGUCAGGUAAAUAUUGAACCAGGGUGUUUCAGGGAGUUAACUGCUUCUCUGGCUCUAAGAAGCAAUGGGCAUAUCCCCUGUUGCUGAGAAUUUAUCUUCAAGCUUCAUUUUUUUUUUUUUUUUUUUGCCUCUAGAUGUUUUAGUGAAUUUUCACUCAGUGAAAAAAAGAGCUCUUCUGAAAAGACCAGCAUUUGCAUGAAAUAUUUGUGCAUAGUUUCCUGAAACCAUGUGUGUAAAGGUGAUAACUAAAAUAUUCUGGUGUGAUUUAACAUACGGUCAUGAUGACAGUUUUUAUAAAUGCCACUUUUUAUUGAAGAAGCCAGCAUAGAUUCAAUGCCUUGGUAAUCACAAACAAGAAAAAAGAAGUUGUUGAGUGUGCUGUGGUUUUUCAACUAAAGUUGUGUUGAUUGAACUACACAUAAAAACAUCUUAUAAAUAUACUUAGUAACAUUUGAGUUAAAGGAGCAGCAAAACAAUUUAUAUUUAUUUGGUAAGUAUGUAUCUGAUCAGCUCUGUGUGUGUUUCUUCACUAUCAUGUCUUAAGCAUUUUUUGCUAUUGUGGUUUUGCUUAGAGAAAUAAGAUGUCAGAAGGCGCUCUAAAAUUUCUGGUGAAUAAAGAAGAAAAGAAAAAUACAUUGCAUCUGGAAAAUUGCUAACCCCUUUGAUUUACUUCUCCUCCCUUUCCCCUGUCACAUUCCAAGCUUUUUCAGAUGAGUGAAAUGUCAGCCUCCUUGAAAGACUCUUUAAGUUCAUAAAGGCAAAUAAAUUAAUUGAAAUGAAGAUGACUUCCAUGGCCUGGAUCAGAAUAGGAUCUGCGCUUUGUACUCUCUUAGAAUGUUCUUGUGGUUCUUACAGAUUUUAGGGAUCUGCUCAGAAGCUUUAAUGUCUAAAGAACAAGAAUAAGUGAAUCUUUAAAAUCUAAUUUUAGAAAAAGUACUUAAACUCUGUAAGUGUCUCCUCUUAAAGGGAAUAUAUUUAUGGCAAUUAGACAUUUUUUGCAAUAAAAAUUUAAAAUCAAACAGAUGAUGGAGAUGAGUGAUGUCUUAAGCAAACAUUCCUUGACUUUAUAAUAGCUCUGUUCUUUAUUGCUUUUUUGUUCUCUCUUUUUAGUUUUGUUCCCAAGAAAAACUUGUUCAACUUUAGCCCUGUGAAUUAUGCUUACAUCAGGAGCUCUUUUAAAGGAUUAUUUAGGCAGCUGUGAAAUAUCCUUCAUAUU